AUGUUUCAGAUUCUUGUUCGUGUUGCGACAUCUGGUGUUAAUCCUGUAGAUACGUAUAUUCGGAAUGGACAGUUCGCUGUUAGCCCAAACUUACCAUAUACUCCUGGGAAGGAUGGUGCCGGUGUUGUGGCAGAGGUCGGUGCUAACGUCCGCAAUGUCAAAGUAGGAGAUAGAGUCUACUUUGCAUUUUCUGUCACAGGCAGUGCUGCCGAGUAUUGCCUCGCAGAUAGGGUAUUUCCGCUUCCACCAGACCGAAAGAGUAAAGGACAACGAGUCCUGGUACAUGGCGCCUCUGGAGGAGUAGGAAUAGCAGCAGUGCAGAUGGCUGCCGAAUACGGAGCCACCGUGGUUGGCACCGCUAGCACGGCUGAGGGCAUGGAUUUGGUCAAGCACAAUGGCGCUCAUGACGUGUUUAAUCACAGUUCUAGAGGAUAUACAAAUGAAAUAAUAAAGAAGUAUCCGGAAGGUUUCGAUCUGAUUGUCGAAAUGGCAGCCCAUCUUAACCUGAGACAUGACUUGGACCUUCUCGCCCGGAAGGGAAAAGUUGCCGUUGUUGGAAGUCGCGGUGACAUCAAAAUCGAUCCGAGGGCGUUCAUGAUGAAAGAAACUUCUGUAUUCGGGUUAGCGCUAGCAAAUACAACACCGGCUGAUUGGGAGGAGUCAUCGUUACAUAUCCACAAGCUUUUUGACUCUUCCCAUUUUCGACCCAUUAUUGACCGAGUAUACAAAUUGGACGACAUUGUUACAGCCCACAAAGACGUUAUGACGGCUAGAGGAGCGCGAGGAAAACUUAUACUCUCUAUCAAUGACAAACUGUGA